AUGGCAUCAGAUGGUUGUGACCCUCCUAUUCCACCUUUAGCAAAAUCAGAUAAGGAGAAGGGGAAGAAGAAAUCUUAUAUGGUGAAGUUGUUAAAUCGUUUCAAUAAUGUAACUGCUUCAAGUAGUCAGCCAUCUACACCUACCUCUACCUCCACUGCUAGAUUUGUUCCACCACCAUUACAAGUUCCUAGUUUGACACCUACUCCACCAUCAAUUCCACCUUUGUUGGAAGUUCCUGCCUUCACACCUAGUCCACAACAAUUUGUUGCUGAUCAAUGGAGAUCACCCUCCCCCCAUGUUGGUUCUAACCCAACAACUCACUCCCCCCAUGUUGGUUCUAACCCAACAACUCCCACAAAUAUGCCAUCACCACCUCCUAUAGGGGAUAACCCUCCACAUUCAAGUUCAGUAGCCAAUGACUUUGAAGAUGUUUCCAACAAUCUUCCAAUCAUUACACCUAUUGGAGGACGUUUUUAUCCAACAAAAACAGCAUCCAAAGCAAUCACAGCCACCAUCAAGCAACAGUUUGAUGAGCCAUGGGUGACAUGGGGACAAAUACCUCAGACACAAAGAAAUGUUUUCUUUGAGCGUUUUAAGAGAAAGGUUUCAUGGAGGUCUAACCAUGAAGAAAAGGUGAAAAAAAAUUUCCACACCAAAGCAUCUCAUAGAUUAUCUAAGAUGUUUAAAAAAGCUCGAACAGAAGGAAAAAAACCUAAUUGGAUGGGGGAUAUUGUUUGGAAUGGUCUUUUGGAAAAGUGGAACAUGCCACUUUAUAGACAAAAAUGUGAAACGACCAAAAAGAAUAGGACAUCUGACAAGGGUGGUAGUUUGCACACUAGGGGAUCCAUUAGCGUGCAUGAGCAUGCAAUUCGUCUGUCACAGGAGCUUGGCCGGUCAGUGCAUGUUGAUGAAAUAUUUCAGCAGACACAUAUUCGAGCAUCAACAGGAGAAUUUGUCGAUGAAAGGUCUAGGCAGACACAUGAAGAGUUUGAAGCAAAAUUUUCUCAAAUAAGAUAUGAGACAGCAUUUGUUGGUGCUUCAACAUGUGCUCCCCUAGACCCUGUAGAUGAGGAAAGAUUGAGGAACCAAUGUUGGUUGGACUUUGCUGGUGGAAGGUACAAGGGACGCGUAUACGGAAUUGGAAAUGUCAGUGCUCAAGAUGACUGUGUCGAUAGUUACAUAUCAUUGCGUAUGUCAGUGCUCAAGAUGUCAAUGCCUAUUACAUAG